AUGGAUUUUCUGCAGGAACUCCCUGAACAAAUAUUUCGAGAUAAAUUAUUGAGAGUGCCAUAUAAAUCUCAGCGAAAGAUUAAGGAGUUGUUGGAACCUGCUAAAGAAAUGAUGGAAUGUUCUCAAUUUUAUCAAGAUAAAAUUAAGUUUGGGCUGGCUAAAAAAUAUGUAUGCUUGCUCGAGAAAGCUGCGAUAACUAUAUAUGAUCCAGUUGAUCAAUCCAGUAUAAUGCGCAGUUGUAGUGCCACUGGUUUUCAUCUCGAUAGGAAAUCUCAGAUUGUGUGUGCUAAACAUAAGCUUGUUUUGUUGGGUUUGAAAUUGAAUCGAAAUUAUACUUCAACAAUUUUGAUAUAUGAUUUAUUAUCUAAUACAUGGAAACAAGGUGCUCAAAUUCCAACUGUGACAAAUAGUUUUGCCUGUUGUGCCUCACCUGAGGGAUCAAUUUACGUUGCCGGAGGGUAUGUAGGAGUGUAUGCCGAUUUUAGUUCUCCAUCACGUAAAGCAGCAGUAUAUAAAGUAGAUGAAGAUGAGUGGGAGCUUCUUCCUGACAUGCACCAUGAAAUUAGCUAUUGUGGGGCUGUUUUUUUUGAAGGAAUGUUUUAUGUCAUUACUUGUACUGAUAGAACUCAAAGAUUUGAUCCCAACACAAGAGUAUGGACAACAGUUAAUUUGUCUUUUUACAUUCCACGGUACGUAUAUGCUAUGUUUGGACGGCUAAUUGCGGUUACAGAAAAAAAAAUAGAGCAAUAUGAUUGGGACGGAAAUGUGUGGAGAGAAUUGGAACUCCUCCCUCAAAAACUUAGGUAUAUUCAAGUCACAGUGUGGCGUGACCAAAUUUUCUUGUGCGGAAAUGAGACGACUCCCAAAUUUUAUAUGUAUAAGCCUGGAGCAGCUCUAUCCCAGAGGUGGAUUUCUCUCGAUGACCCGAAAUUUUCAGUGUACGCGACAGUCAAAUCUAUUGUCACCAUAGAUAUUUAA